UUAAUCACAAACCAAUCCUCUUUUCUCUCUCUUCUGCCCUAAUUUUAAUUUUCACACAAUUAUAACUGUUUCACUCUCAUUCCUCGACUCCAAGUUCUUCAACCGUGAUUCACCGUUCAACAUAUUCGAAUUCCAUUCCUUCCGAUUCGUCUUUCUGUGGGAAAUUGUUGCUGGAAGAAUUGUGGUUUUGUUGAUAUGGGAUCAGAGAGUAUUGCUCCGAUGGCUGAGACAUCAAAAAACAGGUCUUCUCCUUGUAAAAUGAACCAAGGGAAAGUCCCCAAGAGAAUUCACAAGGCUGAAAGAGAGAAAAUGAAACGUGAACACUUGAACGAACUCUUUCUUGAUCUUGCCAAUGCUCUUGAUCUCAAUGAUCCAAACAGUGGAAAGGCUUCUAUAUUGUCUGAAGCUUCUAAGCUGCUAAAGGACUUGCUCUGUCAGAUUCAGUCUCUCAAGAAGGAGAACGUCACUUUGUUGUCUGAAUCUCAAUAUGUGAGUGUGGAGAAAAAUGAACUGAAGGAAGAGAAUAGUAGCCUAGAAACUCAAAUCGAGAAGCUUCAAGGAGAGAUAAAGGCAAGGAUAGCUCAUUCUAAACCUGACCUGAAUGCACCUCCUCAAAUGGAGCUUGAGCUGCCAGAGCAGACAAAAUUUGCAGGAUAUGGUCUCCAAAUGCCUACCGUAGAACCUUCAUUGCAGCAAGGACCUACUGUUGUGGUUGUUCCUUUUCGUCCUGAUCUUCAAGCUGCUUUUCCAGCCCCUAACGUUACGGAUCUCAUGCCAAACCCUACACCUGUCAUCAGUAAACCACAUGCUAGAUAUCCCACACCAGCAGAUUCGUGGCCAUUGCAACUGCUUGGAGAGCAACCAACUUCUAAUUAAACUUGUUAAUUUGUAGAGCUCUAGUUUCAGUAUUGGUAUAAUCAGCCAACUACCUUUCCUAAUUGCAAUACUGCACUGGAGCUGUGUAUAAAUUAUAGAUGUUCAAUUAUCUUAGAAAAAUUUACUCAAUUCUCUGUGUCUUAGUUAUGAUUUAAGUUAGGUCAUCUUUAACAUUGUCUUCCAUUGGCUGAACUGAAGGAUGCCGACAACAUUUACAAUAGUCAAUGAUCUUGGCCGUCGGUGAA